GGAUUGUUUUUUUUUCAGUCCCAUGAACAUGAGCUCAAUAUUUAAUAGAUAAAAUUGUUAAGUGAUUCAAGACGUCAUUAUGCUAAGCCUAAAAAAUUGUAUUGUGGAGUGGGGUUCAAGCGAUUAACAUAUAGUAGGUUGAAUGCUCUUUUAUCCAAAACAGAAGAAGAUAUUGACAAGUGAUUGGCAGUGGGUGUAGAAAACAAUAAUAAAUAUUAAAAAAAAUAAAUAUAAUUAUGGCUUUUUUAGAGUGGCGGAAGUUUCCAUUUUUUAAUUUAAUAAGUAAUGUAGACGACGGCAAAAUAAAUAAUUUCUUUAAGGAAACAAGAAUAGUAACAGCUUCAAGUGGUAAUAAUUAUCUUGUAUUCAGUGAUACCCUUGGUCAAAUAUACUUAGUAUCAAGAACAUGGCAAAUAUUUGUAACUUUCAGGGCCUAUGAAAUAAGUACGGAAUUAACUUGGCAAAUAAGAAAUUCUCCAGUGUUAGUAACGAUUGGCCAAGAUGAACCGGGAAUAAACCCAGUGAUAAAAGUUUGGGAUACAAGUAGAUUGGAUAGAAAUGGUUCACCAUAUUGUUGUAGAAUUACUAGAGCUAUCCCUGGAAAUAGACCAAUACAAGCUAAUGUUUUAUGUGUACAUGAUAACUUGCAAAUUAUGGCUGUAGGAUUUGUGGAUGGUUCACUCAUUAUUUAUAGGGGCGAUAUUACUAGAGAUAGAAGUUCCAAGCAAAAACUUCUUAAAGCGGCAAAUUCAGCUAUCACUGGUUUGGCUUUUAAAACAACUGCUUCUAGUAUUCUGCUUUUUGUUGCCACUGAAAAUACAGUUAUUGUUUAUAACAUUACACAUAAAGACAAGGAACAAAAGUAUCAUUUGGAUAACAUUGGAAGCUCAAAAAAAUGUAGUGUUUUAGCAGAUUCUGUUCAAGAAAGUCAUUUUAUGAUAGGCAGAGAUGAUGCCGUUUAUUGUUAUACAUCUGAUGGUAGAGGACCGUGCUAUGCCGUGGAUGGUGAAAAGAUCAUGUUGGAAUGGUUUAGAACUUACCUUAUUAUUGUAUCAAAAACAACUCGCUCGGCAAAUUUAACAACUAUGCCUUCAGAAUCUUCUGUUAGUAAUAGUAUCUCCGAAACCAAUCUUCUAACUGUGUUAGAUAUACAUAACAAAUUUAUAAUUUUUUCUACAACUAUGCCUAAAGUCAAAGCUAUUCUCAAUGAAUGGGGAUCUUUAUAUAUUGUCGAUGAAAAUAACAUGGUUUAUCAUUUAGAUGAAAAAGAUUUACAAUCCAAACUUUCUUUGCUGUUUAAAAAAAAUUUGUAUGAUAUAGCAAUCAGGAUAGCUAAAAGUCAACAAUAUGAUUCUGAUGGUUUGGUGAAUAUUUUUGAACAAUAUGGUGAUCAUCUAUGUGAUAAAGGUGAUUUUUCUGGUGCGGUGGAACAAUAUAUAAAAACUAUAGGUAAACUAGAACCGAGCUAUGUGAUUCGGAAAUUCUUAGACUCACAACAUCUUGAAAAACUCACUAUGUACCUUCAUGCGUUACACAAGCAAGGUCAGGCGACAGAAGAUCACACCACGUUACUUUUAAACUGUUAUACAAAGUUAAACAACACCGCAGCACAAUCAGAUAGUUUGAAAGAAUUUAUUUUAUCUAGAGAUGGUGAUUUUAGCUAUGAUGUUGAUGUAGCUAUUAAAGUAUGUCGACAGGGUAGUCCAGCAGAAGCUUUAAUGUUAGCAAAGAAACACGAAAAACAUGAUUGGUAUAUAAAAAUUCAAAUAGAAGAUCAUCAAAAGUACCUUGAAGUUCUAGAAUAUAUAUCAAAUUUGAAAUUCGAAGAAGCAGAACAUUAUAUGCGCAAGUACGGUUCAAUUUUAAUAGAAAAUGCCCCUAACGAGAGUACCCAACUUUUAAAAAGAUUGUGUAGUAAUUACAAGCCUCUUAAUAGUCCUGUAGUAUCAGAAGCUAUAUUGGAAGGAACUUUUGAUGUUACUGUUAGAGCCGAUCCAGAGGAUUUCAUUCACCUAUUUCUGAAUCAUUCCGAACGUCUAGUGGAAUUCUUAGAACAUUUAAUGAACGAGGACUGUCAUCUGAGUACACCAGUAUAUAAUACGUUAUUAGAACAUUAUUUACACGUAUGGGCCGGUUUAGAAAACGUCGCAGAAAAAAAUAGAAUUUCUCAAAAGAUAUUGGAAUUGUUACAAAAUCCUGAUGUCAAAUAUGACAAAUCUCAAGCAUUGGUGGUUUGCCAUAUGCAAUCGUAUAGGGAAGGAAUUUUAUAUUUGUACGAAGAACAGAAAUUGUAUCAACAAAUAUUAAGGUAUCACAUCAGUAAUAAUGAUCAGAAUUCUGUAUUAACGUGCUGUAGAAGAUUUGGAAAUCAGGAUCCGUCACUUUGGGCACAAGCUUUUUGGUCUUGCAUUAGGGAUAGCAAAGAUCCAUCCCCAGAACUGUUGAAUGAGGUUUUGACCGUAAUAGCAAAGGAGAAGCUCUAUUCUCCCCAACUAGUCAUAGAUGCCAUUGGUACAGGAAAUGCAGAAAUCACUUUAGGUCACAUCAGAUCCUACAUAACGAACGAAUUAGAACAAGAGAAAAUGAAAAUUUUAGAAAUCGAGGAACUCACAUCGAGUUAUCGUAAAGACACAAAAAAUUUGAAAGAACAUUUGGAAAAACUUAAAAGCGGUUUAAUCGAAAUAAGAAUAUCCAGAUGUGCUGCUUGUCAUCAUUCUUUAGACCUACCAACUAUUCAUUUUUUAUGUGGACAUAGUUUUCACCAACACUGUUUUCAAAGCUUCUGUGACGACGAUCAUACCUGUCCAACGUGCCAACCUGAAAACAAAGCUCUUGUAGAAUUACUGAAAGCUAGAGAAUAUGAUAAGGAUUUGCACGAGACGUUCCAUUCACAAUUAGAAAAAGCUCACGAUGGUUUUUCGGUAGUAGCCGAUUAUUUAAGUAUGGGCGUCUUUAAUACUUAUAAGAUUAUAAGUGAUGAAACGAAACAAAGGAUUUUGGACGUUCCAGAAAACAAUAAUAAUCCAAAACAAGCCAACAAGAAAAUCGAGGAUGAUAUUUUGAAUUACGGUGGCGGAGCAGAAGCUCGUCUAAGACAAUUAGAGGUUAGGAGUAAUCCUAGACCAGCGCCAAUUGCCGAAGGAAGAAUGAGAUUACAAGAAAACAGGUAUAGUUCCUCAUUGGAAGCAAAUAUGACUAAAUUUACAACAAAUACUAUAGAACCAAAGAAAGGUGCAUCAUCUAAUCCUUUUGAAGAUGAUUAUGAUGAUGAAAAAGAUCCGUUUAGAGAUGAUGAUGAUUCCGAUAAAAAUAAUCCUUUCAACGAUAAUUACAUAGCGAUGUGAUGAAUUACUCCGUGUACUGCAGCUUUUCUUAUUUUUUCUUUUAUAUAUUUUUGUAAUAUUUUACAAAGUUAUAUUAUUUAUUACAGAUCACCAUGUUAAUAUUUUUAUUUGAUUGUAUUUGUGAUAUGUACUUUCUAAUGUCCAAUAUUUUCUUUUUUGAAAAUUAAAAUACUUUUUUCAA